CCUCCCUGCAGAGAGAAUGGAAGCCAAGAAUUCUUCCGUGACCGAGUUCAUCCUCGCAGGCUUAACAGAUCAGCCAGGACUCCGGAUCCCACUCUUCUUCCUGUUUUUAGGCUUUUACAUGGUCACUGUGGUGGGGAACCUGGGCUUGAUCACCCUGAUAGGGCUGAACUCUCACCUGCACACCCCCAUGUACUUCUUCCUCUUCAACCUUUCCUUAAUAGACUUCUGCUACUCCUCUACUAUCACCCCCAAAAUGCUGAUGAGUUUUAUCUCAAAGAAGAACAUCAUCACCCAUCCUGGGUGUAUGACUCAGCUCUUUUUCUUCUGUUUCUUUGUUGUUUCUGAGUCCUUCCUCCUGUCAGCCAUGGCAUAUGAUCGCUAUGUUGCCAUCUGUAACCCCUUGGUGUACAUGGUCACCAUGUCUCCCCGGGUCUGUUUACUCCUUUUGCUGGGUGUCUAUGUGAUGGGCUUUGCCGGAGCUAUGGCCCAUACAACAUGCAUGGUGAGACUGACCUUCUGUGCUGACAACCUUGUCAAUCACUACAUGUGCGACAUCCUGCCCCUUCUGGAGCGCUCUUGCACCAGCACCUAUGUGAAUGAGCUGGUAGUUUUUAUUUUUGUGACCUUUGAUAUCGGCGUGCCCAUUGUCACCAUCUUCAUCUCAUAUGCCCUCAUCCUCUCCAGCAUUCUUCACAUGCAUUCCACAGACGGCAGGUCCAAGGCCUUCAGCACUUGCAGCUCCCACAUGGUUGUGGUUUCUCUUUUCUUUGGUUCUGGGGCUUUCAUGUACCUCAAACCACCUUCCAUUUUGUCCCUUGAUCAAGGAAAAGUGUCUUCCCUGUUCUAUACCAUCGUGGUUCCCAUGUUAAACCCGAUAAUCUACAGCUUGAGGAAUAAGGAUGUCAAAGUUGCCCUAAGGAAAACUUUGCACAGGAGGAUAUUUUCUUAACAAAGGAUUGGUAUCAUGGCUAUCCAGUGGUACAGUUGGUUAGUGAGCAGUGUUUAUA